AUGCCGCUGGAAGAACAGGGAGAAUCGUCUCCCCUUGCCCGGCAUCCAACACGAAAUCUACCUGACUAUGGUGCAACGGAUGGUCGGUUGCAUACAUCGGAUGACCAGGAGAAUGUGUCGUUCUUGCAUAUUAUGAUACCAUGCUUGGCCAUGUGGUCUGUGACAUUCAUUGGGAGUGUCGACACUACCAUCGUGGCGAUGCUCUUAGGAAAUAUUUCGUCUUCAUUUUUGGCGGCGGAGCGCGCUUCAUGGAUCGGGUCCACAUUCUUAUUAUCCGUGUGUUGCACGGCACCGCUGUACGGACGACUCAGUGAUCUCUUCGGACGAAAGCGCAGUCUUUUGUUGGCCGUAUCCAUUUUUACGUUGGGUACCCUGUGGUGCGCUACAGCGCGUACUAUGGACGAGUUUCUCGUGGCUCGUGCAUUGGCCGGUCUUGGAGGCGGUGGCUUGAAUACCCUCACGAGUGUGAUCAUGUCGGGUCUUGUGCCCCUCAAGUCUCGAGGCAUUUUUCAGGGCUUGGCCAAUAUUGUAUAUGGACUGGGCGUUGGAACGGGUGCGCCUCUUGGAGGUGUGCUGAAUGACACCAUCGGUUGGCGCGGUGCAUUCUACAUUCAAAUUCCCGUUUUGCUGCUUGCCUUGAUGGCAUUGACAUUCUGUCUUGAGCAUGAUGAAGCUGUGCAUUUUGGCCCUGGCGAUUCUGUAUGGAAACGAAUCAAGGAUGUGGACAUGCUAGGUCUUCUUUUGUUUUCCUUCGUUCCGUUAACAAUGUUGUGUGCCUUGGAUAUGAUCAGUGUCCGCAACCUUCCACUUACGAACCCUUAUGUACUGACACUGCUGGGUGUUAGCUCUGUGGCUCUGGCCUUGUUUCUCUUUGUAGAGCGUCGUGUUGCUCGAUUCCCCCUUCUUUCGCUCGACAUCCUGUCUUUGCGCACGGCGCGAUCGACAUUGGUGGGCAAUUUCUUUCUGAGUGUGGCUCUUUUCAGCUACAAUUACUACCUGCCUCUCUUUUUCCAAACGGUGGCUCGCAUGACAGCCUCUGACGUCGGUGUGCGCAUGAUGCCGUCGAGCUUCGCUAUUGGUGUGGGCAGCCUCGUAUCUGGCUUUUAUAUGCGCUAUCACGGAAGAUACUGCCGCUAUCUUGUUGCUUGUUCUGUCGUUGUCUUUAUGUCAUGCUUGCCUUCUGUUUUGUACCUGGUUGAUCCCCCUACGGUGACCCCCUUCGUUUUGAAUGUGUUUUGGUCGUUUGCGCAGGCAGGCUAUCUGACAUGUGCGUUGGUGGCUCUCAUUCAUGUGGUGGACAAAAGAUCUCUUGGCGUAGCCACAGGUAUGAGCUACUUAUUCCGCACAACGGGCCAAGUGACUGGCGUCGCCUUCUCUGGCUGCAUUUUGCAACUGACACUGGCGCGAGAGCUUUCUGGACGUAUUCUCGGACCGGGCUCUGCCGAGCUGAUCGAGCAAAUUCGCCACGACUCCACGAUUCUUCCCUCUCUCCCAGAAGAUUUGCGCUAUGAAGCCUUAUGGUCUUACACCUACGCGUUGCACAAUGUGUUCAUUUUCGUCAACAUAUGCUAUUUCAUUACUAUGAUCACAACCAUGUUUGUCGAAGACAAACACUUGGAUGAAGUGUUUCCAAGCCAAGAGCGAGAUGAUGAAUAG